CACCCCACCCCACCUCACCCAAUUAUCCAUCCCGUCACGUCCCAUCCGCCGCUAACAGCAGCAGCAAUAAAGAACGCCGAUAAAGAAAAAGAGGGAAAUUUUCCGGCCGGAGCCCUCCUCCGCAUUAUCAUAUGCUGGUAUAACAGUCGUUAGUGGUUGGUGCCCGCUUUGUUUACCCAUUUGUUUUUUGGGCCCGAGAAGAAGCAGCAGCGGAAGGUUGAAGAAGCAGCAGCAGCGGCCAAGAUUAUUGUAAUCCCGGGUGGGAGGGAUCUGAUUUUGUCCCCGUGCCGGAGGAGAGAGAGAGAGAGAGGGAGGAGCAAAGAUUCACCGAUUUUCUUUCUCCUCUCCGCCGCUGUCUCUCUCCCCUCCCGCUAUCCCCAGCCAAGAUCGGCUUGCGGGGCUCGUGACAGCAAUCCCUCUGCCGGCCGCUGCCUGCCCCCCGCCCUCAGAAUCAUCCUGAAUCAUCGGUGCACGCCCGUAUCUUCGGUGGUUGCCGCUGAGCUGGUGAAGGAGUCCUGCGCACGCCUCGGCCAUCAAUGAUUGAUCAGACAAGGCAGGUCAAUUAGAAUCUUGAUUGGGUUGACUUCACAAGUGGCAUGCAGUUGCUUCAUAAGUGAGCAGUCAAAGUUGUGGCAUGUCUAAUUAUUACUCAAGCCCGGGUGACGAAAGGGACCCGCAAACCAUGUACUCACCAGACACGGGAAAUGCGUCGUAUCCCGUGCCGUCAGCCCUGGGGAACUUGCUCUAUUCAAACAAUGCAUCUUCUGGACCAUAUACGGAAUUCAGUGGCAUUAUCCAGCCUCAGCAAAAUUUCAUGGAGCUGCAUGGCCAUCCUUCAGAACAUUCAUCAUCAAGGGAACCUCCUAACAUGGUCACCUCGCUCACAGAGCAAAGCUCCUUCGCUCCUGUCAAAGAUAUGAGGAAUGAGAUGUUAAUGCAUUUCAUGGAUGGUGCACAGAGUGGUGGUGGUGGUGGUGAUCUCAUCCACAAUGAUGCCCAUAGCAGUGCACAGCUUGAUUUCGGCUUGUUGAACAACCCCAGUUCGGCGAGUGUUCCAUCAGCACCAGGCCAAGGAUUGUCUCUGAGCCUCAACACACAUAUCCUGGCACCUUCAUACCCAUACUGGUCCCCAAAGCCAGACUUGCUGACAACCCAAUCUUACCAGGGUGAUGAAAAUGGAAUGAAGAAUAUGCAGUCGGAGGCCUCACGGGCAAUCAGGAAUUCAAAGUAUCUAAAGGCAGCACAAGAAUUGCUUGAUGAGAUCGUCAGUGUUUGGAAGAGUAUAAAGCAGAACGCGCAGAAAGAGAAGGCUGAAGCAGGAAAAAUGGAUGGCAAAGACGCCGAUGAGGUGUUGAAAAGUGAGGGGGUAUCUUCCAACCCACAGGAGUCUACUGCCAAUGCGGAAGCUGAGAUUUCUGCGGCUGAGAAACAAGAGCUCCAGAAUAAGAUGGCGAAACUAUUGGCCAUGCUGGAUGAGGUUGACCGAAAGUACAAGCAUUAUUUCCAUCAAAUGCAAAUUGUAGUGUCGUCUUUCGAUAUGAUUGCUGGGUCUGGAGCUGCCAAACCUUAUACUGCAGUUGCCCUUCAGACAAUAUCGCGGCACUUCCGAUGUCUGAAGGAUGCUAUCAACGACCAGGUUAAUGUUAUCCGAAAGAAACUGGGAGAGGAGGAUAGUUCAUCGGGCAGAGAGGGCAAGUUAACUCGCCUCCGUUACAUCGAUCAGCAGUUAAGGCAACAACGAGCUUUCCAACAGUAUGGUAUGUUACAGCAAAAUGCCUGGAGGCCACAGAGGGGACUGCCUGAAAACUCAGUUUCAAUUCUUCGUGCUUGGCUGUUUGAACACUUCCUUCACCCGUAUCCAAAAGAUUCAGAAAAGCUAAUGCUAGCGAGGCAAACUGGUUUAACAAGAAGUCAGAUUUCGAACUGGUUCAUCAAUGCCCGUGUUCGCCUGUGGAAACCGAUGAUCGAAGACAUGUAUAAAGAAGAGACCGGGGAGGCAGAGCUCGACUCAAACUCCUCCUCGGACAACUUACCAAGAAGCAAGGACAAAAUGGCGUCUUGUGAAGACAAGGAAGAUCUGAAAUGCUCCAUGAGCCAGGGCCAGGCUUACCAAACCAGCGAAUUCAAAGCCAACAUGGAGAUGGCGGGUCUCACCGGAGCGCCGUCCAGCUUCCACAACGAGGCAAACUCCGACGACGGCUUCAUGAACCUGCUGUUGAAGGACCAAAGACCGGGCGAGGCUGACGGCAGUCUCCUCCACGGCGACGAGAGCGCGCGCUUCAUGGCCUACCAUUUGGCAGAGCUCGGGGGAUAUCAGAACAGCAAUGUGUCGUUGACGCUAGGAUUGCAGCACACCGAGAACAGCCUCUCAGCUCCGAACGCUCACCGGCCAGGAUUCACCGCCGCCGGGGAAGAGGACAUCUACAACACCACCGCGGCUCAUCCCGGCGGUGGCGCUGCCAUGGCCUCUUCGGACUACGAGUCGACGAACCAGCUAGAUCAACGGCAGCAGUUUGAGCCGUCGCCCCUGCUGCAUGAUUUCGUGGCCUGAAUGAACUGAAACGCUCGUCGGUGAACAUUGGAUGGAGAUGGAUUAUUUUGUAAUUUGUAGGGCCAUGAUAAUAACGUGCCUGGAAAAGCAUGGAAAUUGUAGCUGUAGUUGCAUUUGGUAUAGAAGAGAGGGGGUAUAGCAUGAAAUGUAUUAUAAAUUUGUGGGGGUGGGGGUGGGGUAAAUAAUUUUUGUAAAGAUGAAUGGAAUGGGUUAUACGUGUAAAAGGUUAUGACUGGAGACGAACCAUCCUGUAAAAAUGUUACGGUAA